GCUCAGCAGCAGCGGCUGCAACAGCAGCGGGAGCUUCCAGCCGGGUCGGCGCGUGCACCCGUCUGUGCCUGCCUAGUCCCCGCUCGCCGCCAUGUCGCUGGGCCCUGGCGCCGAGGCGGGCUUCUCCAGCGAGGAGCUGCUCACGCUGCGCUUCCCCUUGCACCGCGCCUGCCGCGACGGCGACCUGCCGGCCCUGUGCGCGCUGCUGCACAGCUCGCCGCGUUCCGACCUGGCCGCCGAGGACUCCUUUUACGGCUGGACCCCCAUCCACUGGGCCGCGCACUUCGGCAAGCUGGAGUGCCUAAUACAGUUAGUGAGAGCUGGAGCUACUGUAAAUGCCUCUACAACACGUUUUGCCCAAACACCAGCCCAUAUUGCUGCUUUUGGAGGACAUCCUCAGUGCCUGAUCUGGUUGAUUCAAGCAGGGGCCAACAUAAACAAGCAGGAUUAUGUUGGUGAAACUCCUAUUCAUAAAGCAGCACGGUCUGGUAGUAUGGAUUCCGUAAGUGCCCUUGUGGCUAAUGGAGCACAAAUAGAAUUGUCGCAUGGCAUUAACAAAGAAUACAUAAAGCACUUGAGAAAUGCCAGUGGCCUGACGGCAGCAGACCUUGCUCAUACCCAGGGCUUCCAAGAAUGUGCCCAGUUUCUCUUGAACCUCCAGAACUGUCACCUGAAUCAUUUCUAUAGUAAUGGCACUUUAAAUGGGGUUCAUCAGGAUGCAGGUUCCAAUCCUCUCAAUGGUGGGACAAGUCGAAAGAGAUCCUUUGAAGAUGUGGAAUCUGCUGGAUUAAAGAAAGCAAGGACUGAAGCUUACAAUUUUGAUGGCUUAUUAUCAAUGGUGAAUGGAGGAGUUGAGGAUGAUGCUGACAAUAUGCACGUUGAUAGAGAGUUUGCUGUUGUAUCAGAUAUGAAUAGCAGUAGUCCCAUAAUGAACGCAUUGACAAAUGGAUGUGCCAUCAAUGGACAUUUGGACUUCACCGGCACGGCACAGCUCAAUGGAAUGGAUACCAGGCGUGACGAAAGUUUAACAUUAGUUCCUGGAAUAACCUCUACCAAUAGGCAUAGAAUUCAUACCACUAAUGGCACUGAGGAACCAGAAAAAGCCCUGAAUACUUCUACUGAUAUGUGUGGUUCCUUACAUCAGAAUGGAAGCCCAAGUAGCUUUGUAUCUAACAGGCCCUCGUGGGUGGAAGAUGUAGGAGAUACUUUGCAUUAUGGACACUAUCAUGGUUUUGGGGAUACUGCUGAAAGUAUCCCUGAACUUAACAGUGUCCUUGAGCAUUCCAUUUCUGUUAAAGUUGAACAGAAAUACAAUAAUACUGUCCUAGGCACAAUGUAUCUUUAUCAUGGUUCCUAAAUCGAGUGUUGUUGUUUAUAUCAAAUGCAUAUUGAAAUUGCUACCAAAUGUUUUGGGGUGAUGGGAGGGGGGAGGGCAAAAAACUUGCAAAGCAUUAAAUUUGAAAAAUGCAGCCAUUAUUAUUUUUACACUUUGUUUAUAUUAAAAAAGUAAACCUUUCAUUUGACAGCUUUAUACUAAAGUUCUAGUUUGUGGCAUGUACUUGGUGAUAGAAGGUGCUGUUACAAUGGAAAGUUUAUUCUUUGUAUUUUUAAGGGAUGUUCUGUUUUUGUACUUAAUCUUUUUAUUUCCAAGCUUGUGAACACUAUAUCUUUCCCUUU